UUACAUGUAGCCUGAAUAUUUCCCAAAAAUUUGAAAUAUCGUGAGUUUGAAAAUGGCCGAUCAUUGACGGAGAGAAAAGAUUUGUAUGAAAAAAAGGUUUUGAUAUUUUAAAAGACAAUAUUUUGGUAAAAAAAGCAAACCCAAAGAAACAGGAUGACUUCAAGCGCAAGUAGAAGAGACGAUGUGAAGAAGGAACAUAUUCCUGACAUGAUAACUGACCCGUCUACGAGAAAGCGAUACUUAAAAGGUCGAUUUUUAGGAAAGGGUGGUUUUGCAAAAUGUUACGAGCUUCAAGAUCUCGAUACAAAGGAAAUAUUUGCUGGAAAGAUUGUGUCCAAAACCCUGCUUGUGAAGCAGCACCAGAAAGACAAGAUGACACAGGAGAUUUCUAUACAUAGAGAGAUUUCAUACAAACAUGUGGUGAAGUUUCACAGUUUCUUUGAAGACCCAGACAAUGUCUACAUUUUACUGGAGUUGUGCAGAAGAAGGUCUUUGAUGGAGUUACACAAGAGAAGGAAAGCUGUGACAGAACCAGAAGCUCGUUAUUUUGUACGACAAGUUGUUCAGGCAUGUCAGUACCUUCAUGGACACAACAUUAUACAUAGAGAUCUCAAACUUGGUAACCUCUUCAUCAAUGAUGACAUGGAUAUAAAGGUCGGAGACUUUGGUCUUGCUACGAGAGUCGAUUAUAACGGAGAAAGAAAAAGAACACUAUGUGGAACACCAAACUACAUCGCUCCAGAAGUUCUGGGGAAAAAAGGACACAGUUUUGAAGUAGAUGUUUGGUCAUUAGGAUGUAUCUUAUUUACAUUAUUGGUUGGGAAACCUCCUUUUGAGACAUCAAACCUUAAGGACACCUACACUCGAAUCAAGAAAAACGAAUAUCAUAUACCAUCUAGAGUUAGUCCAUGUGCUCGAAACCUCAUACAAAAAUUGCUCAAAGCAGACCCCACAGAGCGACCAAAUAUGGAUAAUAUUUUGGAAGAUGAAUUCUUCACUUCAGGUUACCUACCGUCAAGAUUGCCCACCAGCUGUCUCACUAUGGCUCCCAGGUUUGACACUCUUGCUAAAUCAGAGUCUAUGCACAGGAAACCUCUUCUAGAGCUUAAUGGAACUGAAAAAACUACAGCACAGACAAUAGAGUCCCGAGCCAAAGACCAGAAGAGACCAAUGACACAGGAUGGUCUUCUAGCAGAAAGAGGAGGUGGUGAUGUAGGACAGAAAAGAGAUGAAGGCGAACCUGCAGAUUUCUAUCUUGGUGAUCUGUUAGCUCAAUUGUCAGCAGUUGUUGCGGCCAAACCGUCAGAGCGUAUCAAUAUAUGUGAAGAUGAGGCUGAAGACCCAGCAUCUAUUCCUAUAUACUGGGUUAGCAAAUGGGUGGAUUAUUCAGACAAAUACGGUCUAGGUUACCAACUGUGUGACAAUAGUGUCGGUGUACUGUUUAAUGAUUCUACAAGACUUAUACUAUUGGCAAAUGGAGAUAACAUUCAGUAUAUUGAAAGAGAUAGUACAGAACAUUUCCACACCCUCAAAGUCUUUCCUGAGUCUCUUACAAAGAAAGUUACCUUAUUGAAGUACUUUAGAAACUACAUGAGUGAACAUUUAUUAAAGGCUGGUGCAAAUAUAACCCCCAGAGAAACAGAUGACAUGGUGAGAUUGCCAUUCUUGAAGACAUGGUUUCGAACACGUAGUGCAAUAGUGCUUCAUCUCAGUAAUGGCACAUUACAGAUAAACUUUUUCCAGGAUCACACUAAGAUUAUUCUCUGCCCACUUAUGCAAGCAGUCACCUAUAUAGAUGAGAAACGAGAAUCUCGUGUAUAUAAAUAUUCAUUGAUAGAGAAAUUUGGAUGUAGUAAAGAACUAUCGAGCCGUAUUAGAUACGCCAAAACAAUGGUAGAGCGCCUCAUUACGUCAAAAUCUGGAUCUGGAAGAGUACGAUCUAGCGUACCUUCUCAAUGAUCCAGAGCUAGUGUGCAUCAUGAUUGUGUCUAGUGCGUCAAAUUUCAACUUAAAGUGCUUCUAAGAGAAGGAUAACAAGUGGUGAUGGACUGACUUGCCGUGUUCUGGGCGGGAAAAUGUUUUAUUAGUGAAGAAAAAACAUCCAUUCAUUCAUUGUUAAUACCAUUGUGAAAGUGUGAAUAAUCAAAGUUUUCAUUACAUUUAAAAAAGAACAACAUAGAAAGCGACACAGGCAUAUUUAUUACAUGUCUGGUCAGUUAAUCAUUGAUUUUUGUCUGGUUAGUUAAUCAUCGAUUUCCAUUAAAAAUGAAUUGAAAUAAAAAGACUUGAUGAGUGAUUUGAAGGGCUUGUACAAAAUGUCUUUCAUGCAGCAAAAGUUGGUGUGAAUUUUUAUAUCUAAAUGUGUAGUGGACUGAUGGAGUGUGCUUGUAUGUUUGCUGAAAAAAUUGUAUAAUCUAUUUGGGGAAUCAUGUUCCAAUUUGUCUUGUUUGGAAUGAAUUUGCUGUACAGAAGCAUACAAGAUGUAAAUAUGUACAUUUGAAAUCAUUUUAUUUUUGAAACUUUUCAUAAACUUACAAAAAAAUUAACUGCCCCACAGUUGAUAUUUCCCUUAUGCCUAUCACACAAAUGUGCUUCAUUUUGAAGCAAAAAAGCCUUUCACACAAAUGUGCUUCAUUUUGAAGCAAAAAAAUGCCUAUCACACAAAUGUUCUUCAUUUUGAAGCAAAAAAUUGCCUAUCACACAAAUGUUCUUCAUUUUGAAGCAAAAAAAUGCCUAUCACACAAAUGUUCUUCAUUUUGAAGCAAAAAAUUAGCUAUCACACAAAUGUUCUUCAUUUUGAAGCAAAAAAUUGGCUAUCACACAAAUGUACUUCAUUUUGAAGCGAAAAUUAUUAUUUUAGGGUCACAUGACUAGCUGGAAUACAACUAGAAGUAUUUUGAUGUUCCGGUAGUAUUUGGUAAACCGUCACCACUUUCGGAACUGUUGUAAAUAGUUUCUCUAAUCUGCCCAGUAAAAUAAAAAAAAAAUAGCUGCAUUAACGGGCAUUUUUAUUUACUUCGGAAGUAAGAUCAGAAAUUUAUCUUAACAAUUUUUUCGUUAAAUGUUUAGUUUAUUUUUGGAUUGUGUGGAAAAUAUGCUUGGCUUUAAGAACAUGUUAAUCUCGACCAGGAUCUCAGGAAAAUGUAACAUAGUCUUGGUGUAUAAAAUUAAAAUAUGAAACUAUACUAGGUUGGUAUAUCAACCUGAUAUAUGAAAAAUGUAUUCUUGAUUGGUAUAUAAACAUGAUAUGUGAAAAUUAUAUAUAAACCUGUUAUAAUGAAAGUAGAACAGUCAAAUUAAUCUUUGUAUAUGUGAAAUUAUACAAUAGGAAGCAGAUUGAGUCUGGUAUUUGAAUCUUAUCUUUAGAAGUAAAUUUUCAUUCUUAUGAUGGGACAUCACUUUUGGUUUUGAACUUUGCCCAUUGAAAAAAUAGUAGUUUUCACAGAACUUCCUAUCUCAAUAAUUAUGUGUAUGUUGAUAAUUUAAUGAAAUUUUAAUUUUAGUUAUCCCUUCAGAAUUAUUUAUUUCUGUUGACUUUUCUGUUUUUCUUCAAUGUUGAUGUUUAGAAUUUAAAAGUACAUGUGCUUUGAGUUUCUACAACAUUUAUCUCUAACUCUCUUUAUCUUUUUCUACCUUUGAUGUCACUGUGAUAAAAUAAGAUUUGAGGUCUAUUCCAGCCAUAUUAUUGUCUUUAAGAUUUGAGUUUGGUUUAAAAACUGAGAAAUUUGUUUUAAUUUCAAAUAUUUGAAAAUGUGUAACGUAUUCAAAAACAUUAAAACAUGGGUACAACUUUUCAGAUAUUUGCCUGAAGUCCAGGGUUUUUAUACUCCUGAAAACUCUUGUUUUCUGUAUAAAACAAUUGAAACAAUAUUCAAUUCAGGGUUCUUAGGUUUUCUGAUAUUUUUAACUUGCAUCCAUGUUAAGAUAACAGGCCAGUUUAUUGAUCCAAAAAUAGAAUAUAAAUAUUUAUUAUUAUAAUAAGACAAUAUUAUUAUGUCUGUAUGAUAAUAUAAUAAUCUAGAACUAAAUUUGUUGUCUCAGACUGUUCUGUAUCUAAGUAUAUAAAAAAGCCUUUGAAUUUAAAUUGUGAAAAAAUAAUUCAAAGUUAUGCUGUAUGGUUCGGGUAGGGCUAAUUUUUAACCAAAUUGUGUAACAUUAAGUAAUAAUUGUAAUACAAGUAUAAUGUUACAGGUAUAAUGUUAACAUAUUAAGUAGUACACAUAUAAACAAUUUAGCACAGUGCUAUUGUAACUGUAAAAAUCCAUGUAUUACUAUUCCGUGACCAUUUUGUUGAUUAAAUGAGUGUAAUGUGGACAUUGCUGGGUAAAUUUCAGCCUUGUAAAUUAUUCAUAUUAUUACUUGCAUCAUUGAACAAGUUCAUAUUUUGUGAUAUUGUCGAUUAUUGAAAUAUGAGUUCUUGUAAUAAAAUUAUAAAAUUCAA